AUGAACCUUCUUCUAAUAUACCUCAUAUUAAUAGGACUGAUUAUAGCAGCAUGUUUGAUGAUUGCCUGUUGUAUUCAAGGGUGUCUGGGAGAUGAUGCAGAAUAUGUAGCGGCAGUAACAAGAAGGAGAGAAAUUGCUGAAGAAACUCAAAACCUUGCGAUUAACACUAAUCCAACCUCCGUUGCUUCUGUGGAACGAGGUCCAGCCUUCGUGGCCCCUGCGGGAGAUGAUCCAGUCGACAUUGCCCUUGUGGAUAGUAAUCCUACUUUUAGAUCUGCCGCCAGUGAUGAUGUCGGAGGGGAUCUAGCCCAAUUGAAUACUGUGGAUAGUGCCCCUUCAUAUAGAACUGUGGCUAGUGUCAAUUAUGAACCAUUUGCAAAGACAACAAACAUAUCUGGACCACCUCCCGUUUACACGCGAGAAUGA